CGCUUUACCUUUUGUAGUCAUUGCAUGGACCCAUUGCAGAAAGUAAGUAUAGUAGAAAAUGACUUCUGUCUUCUGGUUUAUCUUCUUCGUGGUUUGUGUGGUGUGCGGGACUGUAUUUUCCUUACCAUGUCUAACAAACAAAUCCAAGCAAGAUUUUAACAAAGCCAGAAACGCAUUGAAAAGCCUUGAAAAUUACCUGAAAAGCCAAGCCAAUUCUAUCAAGUACAAGGUGCAGGCUUUAGACAAGGACAUGACAUUGAUGGAAGAGGACUUCAAACGGAGACAAUGGAUAAAGUACAACAAGCACUGUUAUUAUAUUGGAUAUGACAGUGUUAGAUGGACUGAUGCAGAGAGAAAAUGUAGAGAGAUUGGUGGAUAUUUAGUGAAGAUUGAUGAUUCAUCAGAAAAUAGUUGGAUACGACAGCAAUUAAAUAAAAGCAGCAAAAAAACACAUUACUGGCUAGGGUCUACAGAUGUUGUCAAUGGUGAUUGGAGAUGGAUAUAUGAUCAAACUCAGUUAAGCUACAAGAACUUUAUAUCAGGAAGACCUUAUCCAACCAGUAAUUCAAAAUCCUACACAUUUAACUGUAUUACGAUAUACUAUAGUAAUGGGAAAUGGUACGAAUUACCAUGUAACUACGGCUAUCCAUAUGUCUGUGAAAGUAAUUUCUGUUUCCAAUAGUAAUGCAGAUGUUUCCGCUACAUGUAACACCAGAUGACAUAUUCAAUAUAAUUAAAUAAAGUAUCAUUACUAUGCAUAA